UGACAUCGUAAGUUUGAACGACCGCCGAUUCCAUAUUAUAUUCGUAUCGAGGCAAUAUCGAUAGUAGCUAUAACAUGGCGGUUCGUUGUGUUCGUCAUUGGCAAAAGUUCGUUUAGAUCACAUGCUAUCCACUUGUUGCUUGUCUUCAAGGCUAAUUCCAUUUAUAAGUAGUGACUUUCUGUAAUCCUUAGGAGUUUGAUAUUUUCGGAAACAAGUUCGUGUUUUUUACGUCGAAAACUGUUUGACAGUUUUAUUUGCGAUGGAUAAAUUGAAAAGAGCACUAAGUGGUGAUGACAGCCAAGCGGAAGAAGAAAGUGGAAUUAUGCCACAGAUGCAUAAUGCAGGUCUUGUUUUACUUUUCAUCAUCCUCCAAUGGCUUGCACUAACAUGGUACUCGCUGUCGUACAUUCCUUAUGCACGUGAUGCAUGUAAGAAGACAAUAUCUGCUUGUAUUGCAUAAGAGAAAAAGGCUUUGAAUUAAGUCACUUGUGUGUAUUAUCUUGCAUUUUGAAACCUUGUCGCAUAAUAAGUAGGUCACAUUUUGUACCGUCGUGCCUAAAUGUGUAAUCCUGUGUAUGUGCUAAACUGUUACCCCAACCUUUCGGGUUUGGCAGUGCCCUACGGUUAAGUUGUUUUAAUUGGUUGCUGUUUUUUGCACAGUUCGUCAGGAUAUCUUGUGAAGAUUUACUCCUGAAACGUGAUAAGAUUUGAGCAUAUGUAUAUAUGAAGGAAUGUGUCUGAGAAGGAAGUAUGUAAAAAUGACAUUAAUAUUAUUGUUGUUAGUUAAUUAGAAAUCAUUAUUUUUUUACUGUAACAUAAAUUGUGGUCAAAUUGAAUUGGGGGAGAGGGGAGUGAUUGCAAGUGUAAAAAUGUUCUGAAUGAAUGAUCAAUGUACUUAAUUGUUAUUUCUAAUUAGUAUAUUUCUUUAUCAUCAGGACCAAAUACCAGUUCUCAAGUAUUAAAAUCUGUUCUGACAUUGAGGUAAUAUAUUAAUAGCCUAUUUUUUUUAUAUUGAACUGAGGAGCACUGUCUUUCCCUGCAUGGUGUCAAUUAUUAAAUGUGCAUUAUAUUGUAAUGUGUCCAUCCACGAGUCUAUUUAAACACUUGUACUUUUUAUUAAUAUGGCAUAUAUAUUUUUGAUGUUUCUCUGGUAGAUCAUGUAAGACCAGAUGGCUUGAUCUUGUUAACGUGGGAUGUACUAAACUUCAGAUUUGUUCGUUAAAUGGAGUACAAAUGUAGUUCUGAUGUUGAAAGAUACUAUUAUAGCGCUUAUUGUAAAAUCUUGUUCCAACUAUAUUAGAUGAGUGGUUCAAGAGCUUGGUCUUCCACAUGGUAAUUUGGUACCACUGUUUAAAAAAAUGUUCAUAUGCACAUUGUCAAAAUAAGAAAACAUUUAUUGCAAUACUAAGUAUCAAUGUAUACAUUAAUUGAGAUUGCUCAGUGAAAAGUUAAUAUUUUGUUGAGUCGUGACCAGAACUUUUGGCAGCAGCUGACAUCUGCAAAAUAUUCUGUGCUUGGCGAAGUAGAGGCAUAUCAAUCAUAUGACCUUGAUAAACAAAAGCUCCCUUGCCUGCUGCCUGAUGUUCCUGAAAUGCUGCAACAAGUCCUUGUGCCCAAAUCACUUGCUUUUCAGAGGGAAGAAAAAGUUCUUGCACAAUUUGUACUUGACUAGGAUGAAUAAUUUGUUUGCCAGUGUACCCAAGGCUUGCCCCUAGUUGGCAUUGUUUCUUGAGACUUUCCAAAUCUGCAAAUUAAAUUUGGGGAUGAAUUAAAGCAGUAUUUUCUCAUCUUUUAACAGCUUUUUUCACCUUUUGUUUUUAUUUUUCAUCUUGUUGGUACAUAAGUGUCUUGGACUAGUGUUGCUUCUAGCUAAUUUGUAAGAAUUUUCAUAAUGGCUAAUUAUGAAACUUUUCAGCAAGGUUAUAAAUAUGAUUGUGAUUUCCAAUAUCUUCUUAUUGUUAAUACAUUACUAUUCACUGGGUGCCAGAGUAAUUGUCUUAAUUUUUUAGUUUAAAACAAAGAAUCAAGUGAAAUAAUUUGUAAUUGUUGCCCAAGGUUGUUUUUUCCCAAUACACUCGCACAAUAUAGUCUCUGCUAAAUGAACAAUCUUAACACAUAUUCUGAUGUUGCACUAACAAACAAUUAAUAAAUAAAUAUAAAAAUAUACAUAAAUAAAUAAUAUAAAUAAAUGCUUUUCAUUCAUACCAGGGUGUAAACUUGUCUUCAUUGCAUUUUGAAACCUGUAGAUAAUGUAAUGGAAUGUGUGAAAUUAAUAAUUCAAUUUAUAACUUUAUUACAAUGCUGUUUUUUUACUAUAUAUUACUCAAUAAAACUUGAACCUUCAAUUAUAGUUUUAGAAUAUUGUUUAGGUAUGUAAGUGCUUACAUAGUUCAUUAUUGAUAAUUUUCAACAAUAUUGCAUUUAUGGAACUUUGGGAUUAGUGAGUAUGAUCUGAACAUGGUAGAACAAAUACAAUUCCAAUGUAAGCAUUGAUGAAUAGACAUGUAAUUACAGUUUUAAAUUUCCGUUCCUGAUAUAUUAUUAUUUUGUCUUGUAGAUAUCCCGCAUUGUUUCACUGCAUUUGUAUCUACUCAGUGUAGAUUUAGAUUUCUGUAAUAUCCGACAUAGAUUUAUGGCCGGAACAAUAAUUGUGAUUUAUAUAUUUGUAAAUUGAAUAUCAAUGUAAUUUGUAUUUAAGACUAUGAAUUACAUUUUAGCUAGGAAUAAAAAUAACCAUUUUGUAAAAGUGAAUAUAAACAAUGCUUCAAGAGUAAUUAUGUGUCUCCCAUAAAAAUUCUACUUAUUUGGAAAUUACAGAAGAAUAUAAAGGCCUCUAUCGACUCCUGAACUUCUUUUAAUAUUGGAGGAAGAUGACCUUAUCGCUGAAAUACGUCUCAUGGUGUGUAAAUUCUUUCUGUUUUCGAAACGACAGAGGGAUGAUCUGGAGGAAAAAGAAGAAAACUUGUUGAUAGUUGUCAAUGGCGGUGUAGGGAUACAGGAAUAGCUGGUUCAGGGCAGCAUUUGAUGUCAUUGAAAUGCCUCUUGAUCGGAAGGCCCUAGGGUUCAAGUCCUGAUGGUGGCAGGGUUUUUGACACUUGCUACAUAGCUAGGAUGAAUUCAGCAGCUGUCUAAGAGGAGAAUUCUAGUGGCCUGCUGCUCUGAUCAGUAAAUUUCUUAGUUUCUGCAAUCAACACAGGUGAAUGCCGGAACAAAACACUAGCAAACAAGCCAAGGUAUGUGCACAUUCUUUCCUUCCUCACCCCCCUUACACACACUACACUACCCACUUGCCAGGAGUUCAGAGCUUGACUUGGCUAAGGGGGUGCCCCUACGAUGGGAGAUAACUGGUAAGGGAAAACUCCACAAGAUGACAGACAGGUCGGAGCCAAUCUCCCUAUCCAGCGGGGGAAAAUCACUGCCACCUUCCAUGAUAAAAACAUGUAUUACACACUACUAAUGACCUUAGCAAUUGACAUCACCGGAACCAUCAAUCUUUGCAUGUUUGAAACACAUUCUGUAAUAAUUAAGGGUACUUUACACAAAGCCCCUGGGCGAUUUUCAAAUUUUUUGAAAGAACAGAGUGGAAUAUACUCAUGAAGAUGGCAUAGGUCCGAUUUUCAUUGUUAACUCUGAAAUUUUGGAAAUUGCGAAAGAUUGAUUUUUUACUGUGUGCUCCUACAGAUAAAAUAUUGAAGAUAGCAAUUAUUUGUUCUUCACAAUCAGUUCUUUCAUUCAUCAUAAAUGAAAGGAUCGGAAUGUAAUGAUUUGAA